AGUUGUAGUUCUAGCGGUUUAAGAGUGAAGUAAUGAGUGGAAAGAGGAGACAGGCAGGAGUGAGGGGUAGUGGUGGGAAGAAGGCAAAACAGCCGGUGAAGGCUGAGCUAUCAGUGUCACUGGGGGAAAAGACUGGAAGAGAGAAGGUGAGGAGAGCCUGGGAGAGCGGGGAGACUGCGCAGUGUGGCCCUGUGAUUGUGGAUUCUGUCCCCUUCCAGCACUGUGUGAUCCGUUCUUUCAUUGAAAACUCAGAGUUCCUGGAUGGGUUGAAAGAUGAACUACUGGCUUUGAAUUUCCAGGACAAAUCCAAUGACUUGUACAAAUUUCAGCAGUCAGAAGAUUUAAAGAGCAGAAAGGAGCCACACAUUAGUGCCCUGAGGAAAGUUCUGUUUGAGCACUUCCGACAAUGGCUCUCAGAGGUGACAAAAGUGGAUCUGGAGUCCACUGUAGAUAUAUCAUGUGCCCAGUACAAUUACACAGAUAUUUUGCUCUGUCAUGAUGAUGAACUGGAAGGGAGAAGAUUUGCUUUUAUCCUUUAUUUGGUUCCAGAGUGGACAGAGGAAGAUGGGGGAUCACUGGACCUCUACAGCACUGAUGAGAAGGCACAACCUGGUCAUAUUGUCAAGUCUUUGAUUCCAUCAUGGAACACACUAGUUUUCUUCGAGGUCUCUCCAGUCUCCUUCCACCAGGUUUCAGAGGUGCUGUCUGAGGGAAAAUGCCGUCUGUCAGUAAGCGGUUGGUUUCAUGGUUCAUCCCUGGAGAGACCACCACGCUCACUGGAUCCUGUGCCUGCCCGCAGCCCCCACAUCCCCUAUGACCAUGAAAUCUUGUAUGAGUGGAUAAAUCCAGUGUACCUGUCAGUUGAGUAUCAAGCUCAGAUUCAAGAGGAGUUUGAAGACACAUCUGAGAUUCUCCUGAAGGACUUUCUUAAGGAAGAGAAGUUCAGUGAGGUUUCUGCAGCACUACAGACACGGAGUGUCGAAUGGGAGCUGCUGGGUCCCCCCAACAGAAGGCGCUACGAGAGGACAAAAGGUGACCUUCCAGAUGUUCUGAGGUCCUGCAUGGAGCUUCUGAAAUCGGAGGCCUUCUUUCUGCUACUGUCCAACCUCACAGGUCUGAAGCUGCAUUUCCUGGCAGCCAGCAAUGAUGAGUCUGAUGAAGGAGAGGGAUCCUCUGAACCAAAUGGCAGGACCUCUGCACAAGGGGAUGACAGCGAUCAUACAGCUCAGGCAGGAAGCGAGAGAAUUCCUGUAUGCUCUGGAGAGCUGAGGCACUGGGAACACGGCCACUACACCAUGAUUUAUGAUGAUGAUCCCGAGAGACAGGCGUUUGCUCUGGAUCUUUUGUGGUUCUGUGGAUGUGAAGAUUGGGAGUCGGAGUAUGGAGGAUUCACCUCUUACAUUGCUAAGGAGGAGGAUGAAGAGCUUCUUACAGUGUAUCCAGAGAACAAUUGCCUGGCCUUGGUUUAUCGAGAUAAAGAAACAAUGAGGUUCGUCAAACACAUAAACCACAAGAGUGUGCAGAGAAAUGCUGGCCUUCCAAAUCACAAGGGAUUCUGGGACUUUGCUUUUGUGUACUAUGAAUGACAGCUCAUUGUUUGACAGACUUCAAAGUGCGCAUUGUUACUCCGGAAAGGGAUGUUAAUAACUCUCACAUGAAUUCAACUU